AUGGCCCCGCCCAGCCCACGGGUUCCUGGGCCCGCAGCGUCGCCCAUGGGUCCGGCGCAGCCUACCUUUUGGCCUACUGGCUCAGCUAUCCCAUCAUUGCAGCACCUUGUGACAUUUGAAGAUAUGGCUAUAUACUUCUCCCAAGAGUGGGGACUCCUUGAUGUAACCCAGAGGCACCUGUACCACAGUGUGAUGCUAGAGAACUUUGAGCUCAUGACCUCUCUUGGUUGUUGGUAUGGAGCAGAAGGUGAGGAGGCCUAUCCCAAGCAGAAUGUUUCUAUAGAAGGGGUGUCAUGGGUCAAGAUCCCUAAUACAGAUCCUUCCGCUCAGAAGGCUGUCUCCUGUGACAUGUGUGGGCCAUUCUUGAAAGACAUUAUGCAGCUGACUGAGAAUCAGAGAACACACCCAGAGGAGAAACCCUAUACAUGUGGAGCGUGGGGGAGAGACUUUUGGUUCAAUGCAAACUUUCACCAGCAUCAGAAGAAGCUCAGUAGAGAGAAGCCCUUCAGAAUGUGUAGGGACAGGGAGUCAUUUGUGAAGAGCGCUAAUGUCCACCUGUCAGAGAAUCCCUUCACUUUCAGAGAAGGAAGAAAGGCCUUUCUGGAUAGCCAUGACCUCCAGCAUCAGUCUAUUGACAGCAGGAGGAAGUCAUAUUCAAGUUUCGGUCAGCUCUCAGUCCACAUACAAAAACACCUCAAGUGCAACAACUGUGGAAAAGCCUUCCUCAAGAUCUCCACCCUCCUCAACCACCUGAGAACUCAUUCUGGUAAGAAAUCAAUCCUUAUUAAUCAAAAAUUUCACACUGGAAAAAUAUCCCAUGUGUGUAAGGAAUGUGAGAAGUCCUUUAGUCACCUGUCUAAACUGAGGAAACACCAGAAUUUUCAUACUGGAAAAAAUGAGUGCAGUGAAUGUGGAAAAACCUUUAUCCACAAACUCAUACUUGUUUAUCAUCAGAGAAUUCACACAGGAGACAGACCUUAUGAGUGCAGUGACUGUGGGAAAGCCUUCAAUAACAGGUCACACCUCAUUCGGCAUGAGAAAAUUCACACUGGGGAAAGGCCUUUUGAGUGCCUCAAAUGUGGAAGAGCCUUCAGCCAAAGCUCCAAUUUCUUUUGGCAUCAGAAAGUUCCCACCCAAGUAAGACCUUAUGAGUGCAGUCAGUGUACUAAAUCCUUUGGCUGAAACUCUGCUCUCAUUCAGCACUGGGGAGUUCACACUGGAGAAAGACCUUAUGAGUGUAGUCAGUGUGGGAGAGCUUUUAACAAUAAUUCCAACCUUGCUCAGCACCAGAAAGUUCACACUGGAGAACGGCCUUUUGAGUGCAUUGAAUGUGGAAGAGACUUCAGCCAAAGCUCCCAUCUCCUUCGACAUCAGAAAGUUCACACUGGAGAAUGGCCCUUUGAAUGCAGUGAAUGCAGUAAAGCUUUCAGCAAUAGCUCCCUCAUUCAGCACCAGAAAGUACAUAUGGGUCAAAGGCCUUAUGAGAGCAGUGAAUGUAGAAAGGCCUUCAGCCACAGCUCCAGCCUAAUUCAGCACUGGAGAAUUCACACUGGAGAAAAGCCUUAUGAGUGCAAUGAGUGUGGGAAAGUCUUUGCUCACAGUUCCAGUUUCAUUGAGCACUGUAGAGUCCACACAAAAGAAAGGCCUUAUGAGUGCAAUCAAUGUGGAAAAUCCUUUAGCCAAAAUUCCAUUCUUAUUAAACAUCAGAAAGUUCACACUGGAGAAAGGCCUUACAAGUGUGGUGAAUGUGGGAAAUUCUUUACCUGAAAAUCCAGCUUCAUUUACCACUGGAGAGUUCAUACUGGAGAAAGGCCUUUUGAAUGUAGUGAAUGCAGGAGAGCCUUCAGCAAUAAUUCUCACCUGGUUCGUCAUCAAAGAGUUCACACACAAGAAAGACCCUAUGAGUGCAGCCAGUGUGGGAAAGCUUUUAGUGAAAGAUCCACACUUGCUCGACAUCAGAGAGUUCACACCAGAGAAGGGACUUAUGAGUUCAGCCAGCAUGGGAAAAUCUUUAGCCACCUUUGUAACCUUGCUCAACAUAAAAGGAUUCAUUCCUGA